GGUUGACAGUGUCAAUCAAUUUUGACAGAUGUCAAUGGCAAAUUGGUUAAGAGCAAUGGGCUUAAUAUUUUCCAAUUUUUUCGGAAAACUGUUCGGAAAGAAGCAGAUUCGUAUACUUAUGGUGGGACUGGACGGAGCUGGAAAAACCACAAUCCUUUACAAAAUGAAACUGGGCGAAAUAGUGCACACGAUUCCAACAAUAGGUUUUAACGUGGAAACUGUCGAAUACAAAAAUAUCUGUUUCACAGUAUGGGACGUGGGAGGUCAAGACAAACUCAGAAGGCUUUGGAGGCACUACUUUCAAAAUUCGCAGGCAAUCAUUUUUGUUGUCGACUCCUGCGAUCGGGACCGGAUAGACGAAGCUGCAACCGAGCUGCGCAACAUGCUGUUCGAGUACGAGCUGCAGCAGUCGGUUUUGCUCGUGAUCGCGAACAAGCAAGACGUCCCCGUCGCCAUGACGACGUCGGAACUGGCCGACAAGUUGCAGCUGAAAGACCUGCGCAAUCGCAGGUGGCACAUGCAGGGCGCGUGCGCGUUGAAAGGCAGCGGCUUGGUGGAGGGUUUCGAUUGGCUGGCCAAUGAGAUAUCCGAGAUGUGAAGACGAUCUUAGAGAAUAUGAUUCAAUGCUCCAAUGUACGAUUAAGAUAAGUUUAAAUUUUGUUUUUUAUAGUGUGUAUUGUGUAUUAUACCUGCAUUAAUCAAUUAAUUAAUGAA